CCUCGUUGCUUGAGCCAGCCUAGUGCCUUGCAUUCUCGUGCGCUUUCACUACAGCUGCCCCCUCAUUGAAAAGAUACGGUCGCUUCGGAUUCAUCAGCAAUUCACUAUAUUGCUCUUCUCUACUACCCUCGCUUCCGCACCAAUUUCCCAUGUCUCACGCACCUAAUUAAGCUGCAACAUCAAGCCGCUCGACCAGCAAAAUCCGCUGGCUAAAUCACCAAAUCACGAAGCUGUUGACCAUCCAAUCGGGCCAGCUCUUGGAUCAUGCCGAGGAAACAGUUCGUAGCUGACCUCUGUAAGGCAGUGGAAGGCGUUUCGGUCGCUGGCAUUUCCAAUGUGCGCCAUGGCGACGACGACGGUGAAUUCAAGUUCAUGUGCCUAGCCAAUGGCGGAAACUUCGAGGUGUCCGUUUUGAUACCAGAGCUCGCCGACUACCCUUCAAGCCACACUUGCAUGAUAUUCGCUCCAGACGAUGCCCCAGCUGCCGUUGCAGGAACGCUGGCCGAGAUAUCGGACUACGCAUCGGGAAAGACCGUGGUGCAAUUACUUGAGCUUGUUUCGCGGAAAUUGGAGUCUACCGAUCGCGACGGUGAUACACAAAUGCUGAAUUCUCAAGCAAAUGACUCGGAUGAUUUCAUAGACGACAGUGAUAAUGCUGAUUUUGAAGAAGAAGAGGACGAAGAGGAAGAGGAUGAGUACUUCCCCGAUGACGACACGGUACCGAGGCCAUUGAUCCACGUACCAGACUCAGGCCAGGAGUACACGCAACCUACAUCGAACUUCCGCAACCGAAUCCGUGAUGAUCUAAUCGUCGCCAAAGCGAACGGGUUCAAGGUCGGUCAUCUGGGUGGCUUGAUGGACGGCCUUGGUUGUUACGUCAGUCUCUCCUGUCGCAUCGCAAAGCUAGGAAUCUCCCAAGAGGCGAUGCAGGCCUGGCAGGUGGAACCUUCGGAGUAUCUGGUUGCUAUCCUCCACUACCCCUCUGGGUACAAGAGCAUGGAUGACAUACGCUCCAUGGGUGCAUUCACCUCUAAGCGAUACUUUGGCGUUCGUGUCGGAAUUAGUACGAGCUACAAGCCCACCAUGCAGGAAGCUGUGCGUGCAUUCACCCGACUUAGUAAGGAGGAGGAAAGACGCAACGAAGAGUCCCAGGCAGAGUCACAAUCGCAAAGCCCCACCAAAGGGUUUCGCAACUCCUUCAUUUCUCGCCCUCUCAAUGAGCUACUCGAGGAACGCUUCGCAGUCCUAUUGACCUACCGAUACAAUGGCAUGUCAUGGGGUGGUGCAGAGGAAUUCUACAAUGACAAUAUCGGUAUGCAGAUUGACCAUGCAGAGCUCGGUCUACAGGAUAAGUAUCUGGCCAACGACUCUCAUGGAAAGUUUCCUUCUUUGGUAAACGCAGAUCACAUUACGGAUUCCGGCGGUGCCACGCAUUCGCUUCCGCUCGUAGCGAUGCAAUUCGUGCUUCGACAUUUUGUACGCUGUACGGAGUUCUGUCUCAUUUGCUUCACGAAAUUGAGCGAUGAUCUACAAGCAAUCAAGCCCUACGUCUGCGAUAAGCCUCUAUGUCUUUAUCAGUACAUGUCGCUAGGAUUUGGUCCAAGCAUCGAACAUGAAAUUCUAUCCCAGCCGAAGGUAGUAGAUCUUCUAAUAAGCUUCUGCUACUGCAGUGCACGUUAUGGGAAGUUAAAGGAUUUCCCCACUGGCUUGAGCUUGAUGGUACCUUCGCAGCAAGUUCAAAAGAAAGAUAAUAACACCAACCCGGCCCAGCCUUACACAGCAUGGAACAAUCUGCGGGCCAACCCCCCUCCACCUCCAGCGCCACCUUCUCCUCCGGAACUUGUCGAGGCAAUCAAAGCGCGAUUCAACUCCAAGUCCCAGGAGAUUAUGUUUCCGUUCAAGAGCGAAAAAUGUCCUGUUCGGACAGGUGACUGGCUAGCCCUCAGGCUUGAUAGUGACCCUUCGGAUCAAAUGCAUGUCCGCGUAACGGAGACUUCUUACUGGCCUACUAUAUGGGUUUCGGAGCCCAUAUAUCCUACGACACUAUCUGACCAGACGAACAACAGUUCUCAAACGCCUUUUAAACAGAAUGGUCCCAGUAGGAUACUCAAUGAGUUCCGUCCCGCCUCUUUUCAUAUCUACAAUCAAAAUUUCGAUGAGCUGGAUGAGUUUGCAAAGCGUGAAGCAAUCUAUACUCUCCUCGACAUUCUUCCAAGCGUUGAAGAGAUGAGGAAGUAUCUCACCCGCAAAGCGCAAUCUCCGCUAAGCUCCUGGGUGGAGCGAAUGCCACCAGCAGCUCUUGGUAUUCUACGUUGGAUCAUCGCAUCGAACCGUGCUUGCAUCGUGCAAGUGAUGGACCAGGGUGAUAGAACUUCGGGUAGGAGAGAGGAGCGCUUGUACGGGAUGUCAGGGUGGACCCAAUUCAGGUUUGCGAUGGGCGCCCCAGACAAGGAACGGCGCUUCCUUCAGGCAAUGCGCGAUACUGCAGCUCGGCUGAAUUUGACGUUCCCCAGCCUGUUCGCCUGGCACGGGAGCCCUUUGCACAACUGGCAUUCCAUCAUCCGUGAGGGCUUACACUUCAAUGAUACGGCCCAUGGUCGUGCAUACGGUCAUGGUGUGUACCAUUCCCUAGACGUUAGGACCAGCCUUGGCUACAGUGGCUACCAUACCCAUGUCGGAAGUGGAUCAAGUGGUUUCUGGCCUCAAAGCGGGUUGCAAGUAUCUCAAGCAAUAGCGCUCAAUGAAGUUGUGAAUGCGCCCAAAGAGUUCGUCAGCAACAGUCCUCAUUUGGUUGUGGCACAAUUGGAUUGGAUACAGACCCGCUAUCUAUUCGUCAAGUCGGCCUCAGAUGAUCAAAAAAAACCUCCAGAACCUAUGAAGGAGGUCAAGCCAGUCGAUUUCAUAGCUCAGGACCCCAAAAUGUCUCCCUAUGGGACCUCCGAUUCGCUGAUAAUACCUCUCCAUGCGGUCUCCGGCAGCCGAAGGCCGAAGGCUGGCGCAGGGAAGUCGAUGAACAAGCGUUUGAAAACGGCAUCUGGUGCAUCUCCCGGUACCUUCUUCAACCCAAUUGAUCUCGAUGCGGAUGAUGACGACCGCGGCAGCGUUGCUACCCUUGAGGAGGAUUUGAUCAUUCUCCGGGACGAUGGUGCAGAGGCGGUGCAAGAGAAGGGGGAAGCGUUGCCGAUCCCCAGCUCUCUAAAGGGGAAAUCCAAGGCUGGCAGCUUCCUCUCGAAAUUGGUGGGCUCCAAGUCCUCCAAGCCUUUGACUGAUUAUGUUCCUGGUACACUUGACUAUUCGUCGCUAGUUAUGCUGGCCGAGCCAGCUUGGGCGACCCGCGGAGCGACCAAUCGUCUCAUGAAAGAUUUCCAACAGCUGUUGAAGGUCCAAGCCAAGGAACUGCCGCAUGAGUUAGGUUGGCACAUUGAUGCGGAUAAGAUUGAGAAUAUGUAUCAGUGGAUUGUGGAACUGCAUUCUUUCGAUCCGACUCUCCCUCUAGCCAAGGACAUGAAGGCCAAGGGUCACAAGAGUGUAGUCCUCGAACUCCGUUUCGGCAAAGACUAUCCAAUGAGCCCACCUUUUGUUCGUGUCAUCCGCCCUCGAUUUUUAGGUUUCCAACAAGGUGGUGGCGGACAUGUUACUGCUGGCGGCGCGAUGUGUAUGGAGCUACUCACGAACGAUGGCUGGUCUGCCGUAUCCUCUAUUGAAUCAGUACUUCUCCAAGUCCGAAUGGCCAUGUCGAGCCUUGAGCCGAAACCCGCGCGCCUGGAGAACCACAUUCGCUCAGACUAUGGGGUCGCCGAAGCUGUCGACGCUUAUAUCCGUGCUUGUCAAGUUCAUGGCUGGACUGUCCCUGAGGGGUUCCGAGAGAUGGCUUUGGGCGGUUUACCUCGCAACCAGGCUCAACAGUAUUAAAGGUCCCCACGAACGUGCUACUUUCUUGGUGGCCUCCAGCAUGUAUUCUUUUCGUGUAUUUGAACAUUAUGAUGCACCAACUUUUGUUUCUCUUUACUCUAGGAAGGGUCACCCAGGUCGAUUAGGCGUUUUGGCAGCACAAUGGUUAAGCAUUGGGUCGAGGCGUUUACUAGGGGCAUGAGCUGGGAUUCCACAAAAAUCAACGAUGUACCCGAGGAUUGGAAUCAUCUUCGCCAUUGUUUUCACAGUCAGUUGGGAAAGGUUAC